GGGAUUGCACUUCUCUAUUUCGUAGUGGACGGACAGUGCAGACAUAACGUGGUUUGACUUGGGCAGAGUGAACAGCUUCUCUAGACCAUGUGAAGGCAAAUUUUUCUUCCUUAACACCAGAGUAUUGUGUAUUUCACAAGAGUAAAGGGGAAAAAAGUUUUUUUUUUUUUUUUUUUUUUGAUCUAAGACAUUCCCAUGGAGGUGCUGCGGGGGAACACGAGCACCAACUCCUCAGUCGAGGAAGGAUGCACGAAUCUGUACGACCACCGGCACACCGCCAAAAUUCUGAUGUCGCUCCACUAUUCCAUCGUCUUCAUUGUGGGUUUCCUGGGGAACCUGCUUGCCCUACAUGUAAUCUGGCCUAACUUGAAGAAGAUAAACUCCACCACACUCUACUCCACUAACUUGGCAAUAUCAGACAUCCUCUUCACGCUUUCUUUGCCACUCCGCAUUAUGUACUACGGGAUGGGCUUCCACUGGCCCCUAGGUGGAGUUCUCUGCCAAUUGAGUAGCUUCAUCUUCUACAUCAACACCUAUGCUGGGGUGAACUUCAUGACCUGCCUGAGUGUAGACCGCUUCAUUGCUGUAGUGCUGCCGCUGCGCUACAGCCGCUUUCGGAAGGUACAAAAUGUCAAGUAUAUCUGCAUCGGUGUCUGGAUGCUGGUUUUGGCUCAAACUCUGCCAAUGCUGUUCAAUCCAAUGACAAAUCAUGAGAAGGAUGGGUAUGUGACCUGCAUGGAGUACCCUAACUUUGAGAAAGUGGAAAACCUGCCAUAUAUGUUGAUUGGAGCAGUCUUCUUGGGCUAUGGCAUCCCAGUGAUGACCAUACUGGUGUGUUACUCUGUCUUGUCUCGGAAGCUAUACACUGCAGCCAAGACUAAUCACCUGACUGGAAAGUCUGGCCGAAACAAAAAAGCCAUUGGCGUUAUCUGCUGUGUCAUGCUGGUUUUCACUGUGUGCUACACCCCUUAUCACAUUGACAUCUUGCAGUACAUGAUUCGAAAGCUCAUCUACAACCCUGACUGCCAAGAGCUGUUCACCUUUCAAGUCUCUCUGCAUGUCACGGUCUGCCUCAUGAAUUUCAACACCUGCCUUGACCCAUUCAUUUAUUUCUUUGCCUGCAAGGGCUACAAACGGAAAAUCAUGAAGAUCCUAAAGAAACAGGUGAGCGUUUCCUUCUCUAGUGUGGUUCGGACUUCCCCAGAGGUCAACUCCCGUGACGCUAUAGACGCCACAGAGAUCCAGUUAAACAGCAGCAAGAACAACAUGUGAAAACAGUCAAAUCGCCAUGCUAACUGAAGGAGGACCGUAUUAAGCAGGCAACACCUGUAGGCAUAAGCUUGUGAAGAAGAUCCCACCAAGUAACGAACUGAUGCUUUCGGGAACAAAAACAAAGAAAGUUCUGGAAGAACAUAUUCAGCAUAAAACAAUACUGCCAUCAACCACAGAAACUACCUGCCAGAAAGAAAGAGUCAAAUUAUGUAUUAUAUAUAAAUGCAAAUGUAAUUAAAGAUGAAUGGCAACAGGAUAAAAUUAAAUUUCACACGCCGCUCACUGGUGAGCUGUGUCGUUUUUAGACCAGGUCCCCCGUGACUCAUAUAAUCCUUGGGGGCGUCCUGGUGCCCAUGGGCACCAUGUUGGUGACCCCUGAUCUCAGAAAAAAGGGGAAAAUUUGUACUUUUGUUGUCAGUGGGGUUGUACCCUUGAAGGUCUGUCUAUUGUUCUCUUUAGCCAUAAGUAACUGUAGCUUUUAAGGUACAGAAAUGGACGUCAGUCUAUUUCGGUACUGUAAAGAAUAAUGUUUUACUUUCCAGAUGAAAAAAUGUUGGUUUGAACCAAACAUCUCCAGUGUCGAAAAGUGUCAAGUGUAAAUAAAGCUGCUGCAUAACUUAAACAA